UCGGCAUGCGUGAGAGAGAGUAAAAGAGAAACAGAGAGAGGGGAGAGAGCAAGUGGAUGAGGGAGAAGGAGAGAUCUAAAGGCAAUUUUUGGUUAAAAAAAAAAAAUUAAAUUAAUUUCUGUCCUAGAGGAGCCAGCUGGGAUUGGAUAUUGCAGGUUAAACGGCACCAGGCAGAAGACACAUCCAGACCACUCAAGAGGAUGGCUGAGUUUAAAGAGAACGCUCACUACAUGUUUCGGUUCACAAAUGCGGCAUCAAAGUCACAGUGGAGAGCUCUUUGUUGUCUUCUGUAGGAGACGGUCAAGCUUUCUUUUGUUUUACCAGUGGAAGUUGUGGACAAUAUGAGGAACUCAGUCGCUCUGAGCCAGCCUGGGAUUCUACUUCUUCUGGUCACAUGUCCUCUGCUGACAAUCCUGCAUGGUGUAACCUGUAAGGCAGAGAGUGGACACUUAGGGGACAAUGAUCCUGACAGGUGUAUGAGACAUCAUUUUGUUGAGACCAUCACACAUCCUAUCUACAAGUGCAAUUCAAAGAUGGUUCUCCUGGCUCGAUGUGAGGGUCACUGCAGUCACACGUCCCGUUCAGACCCGCUGAUCUCUUUCAGCUCCGUCCUGAAGCAGCCUUUCAAAAGCACGUGUUUCUGCUGCCGUCCACAUACCUCCAAACUGAAGGCUGUACGUCUGCGAUGCUCGGGCGGGACACGGAUAACCGCUACUUACCGUUACAUCCUUGCGUGCAGCUGCGAGGAGUGCAGCUGAAUAAAUUUGUCAUGGAGAAAGACCCUCUGGCUGAAACACAUUUAAAAAAAAAAAAAGUUGAAGGUACACUUUAUUGCUGAUGAUUCAGAGCAAGCAUUUUACGAUUCAUUAGCACUACCACAAUGUUGCCAACAACCCAUCAAGACUUCAAGAAGAAUCACGUCACGUGUAAAGCGGCGCAUGCACUCGGAUUUCCAGAUGUCGGCCCACCCGUCGCACCUGCGCAUGCGCUCAGCCAGUCAAUUUACUUUUAUUGCAUUCCAUUGUUUUGAUCACUGCGUGUGUAAAAUAGCGGAUGCCGACAACAAAAUCGUAAAUCUUGAAGGAAUUUUGAUGAAGCUGAAGGGGAGUCACUUUGACAAACUAUGUUUUACAAUAUCCGAGAGACUUGAUACACAGACCAGGACAGAAAUGUUUGCAUAGACAAUGCAAGUGGUGAACUAUAAAAGUUUGAGUUAUGUCUAGAAUAGGAAUUGGUAGUUCACUCCCCUAAAGUCUGGUUUGGAAUCACAUGAUAAAAUGUUGGGGUGUAUUGUCCCUUUAUGGUCUCUGGAUUUGCUCACGUUCCAGCAUACAUUUUUGCUUCAUUAUACUGGCUUAAUAUUUAAACAUUGAAAAAUACUCUUGUAAUGAUCAUAUUGCCAUUUUUAGACUUUGUAAACCUCCUACAGCUUUUUUUACUGUGGAGAUCACAGUAAUCUACCAUGCCAGACUGUAUGUGGAAAAUGUCAGUGUUAAGUCUGUUUAUUUCAUCAUCAAAGUCUCGCAAUGGCUCAUGACACAUAAUAGCAGCAGGUUGUCAAGCUAAUCACGUACAGUUAUGAUAACUAUGAUGUUUGCAUUGUGGUAUUGUACAGUAAAUGACGAGUACCAUAUAUAUAUAUAUAUAUAUAUAUAUAUAUAUAUAUAAAAUGUAUUGUUCCUCAAAUCUCUCUUGUCUGUGGAAAUAAAUUCACCCUCUACAAAUUGCUGAAACUGUACCACUGGGAAAUUAUGACAGUUUGCUUGCUGGACAGGUUUGUACUCCACUACAAACCUGACAG